UAACCCUUUGAAGCGCACGGCGGGCAUGAAUGAACCAACAAGGCGUUGAGGGGAGGAGACAAGUGCGAGGUUUUCCUUGUUUCCUAGAAGACAUGGGUGUCUCGCUCUCACCCGUCCCUCACGUUUCUGCCCCUUAACCCCCCCACCCCACUCCGCCUCCUUUGUGAAAAAAAAAUUCGGGAGGAGGAGGAGGAGGGUGAGGAGAAAAAUGAAGUCAAUUAUACAACAGCCCGGCUCUGUACAGCUCCCUCAUCUCCUCUGAUAGCCUAUUACUACAGCUGGUGGCUCCACAUGCGGCGCUCACCGGGAACACCGGCUCCAGUCUGCAGGCAUGUCGGCGGCUAGUGGCUCUGAGGGGACGGCGGACAGGCUGGCAGAUCUCACUGCAGAGGAGGAAGGCCCGAGCCAAGCGGGCCCCUCGCUGCCAGCUGUCGAGCUGCCAAGGAAACGAAAGGGAGAUGUGGAGGAGAGGUCAGACACCCAUGCACAGGGGAGUGACAGCUUCCAAAUGGACGAUGACCUCAGCAGAUCUGAAGGAGAGGAUCAGCAAGUCAAAAUGAAAUGCUUCAGGGAGCCUCACCGACAGAUUGAGAAGCGGAGGAGGGAUAAAAUGAACACCCUCAUCGACGAGCUGGCUGCCAUGAUCCCUGCCUGUCAGCCCAUGGCUCGCAAACUUGACAAACUCACUGUGCUGCGGAAGGCUGUGCAACACCUGAAAGCCCUCAAAGCUGGUACGGGCAGCGCCUUUACAGACACCACCUUCAAGCCUUCCAUCCUGCCUCAUGACGACGUCAGGCACCUUCUGCUCAGGGCUGCGGACGGUUUCCUGUUAGUUGUAAGUUCUGACAGGGCUAAAAUCCUGUUCAUCUCCGAGUCCGUCUCCAAGAUCCUCAACUUUAGCCGGUUGGAGCUGACUGGACAGAGCUUGUUCGAUUUCAUCCACCCCAAAGACAUCAACAAGGUGAAGGAACAGCUGUCGUCUUCAGAGUACCCUCGCCAACGCCUCAUUGAUGCUGCAACUGGGGUUCAGGUCCAGGUGGAUGCCCCUGUCACGCCAUCCCACUUGUCCACUGGAGCUCGGAGGUCCUUUUUCUGUCGGAUGAAGCACAGUCGAGUGGCGGGGAACCAAGAGGGCAGACACUCACUGCCUAGUACUUCCAAAAAGAAAGACUCUUACAGAUACUGUACCCUCCACUGCACUGGAUACAUGCGCAGCUGGCCCAGCAGCCAGCUGGACUCAGAGGGCGACACUGAGAAGGAAACCUCGACCCUGACCUGCCUGGUGACGGUGUGCCGCCCCCUCUCUCACGUGUCCCAUCAGCCUCCCAAAGACAUCAGCAUCAAGCCCUCUGAGUUUGUUACCCGCUGUGCCAUCGAUGGCAAGUUCACUUUUGUCGAACAACAAGCCACGACAGUUAUCGGUUAUUUGCCGCAGGAAGUUCUCGGCACGUCGUGUUAUGAGUACUUCCACCAGGAUGACCUGCAGCACCUCGCAGAGAAACACAGGCAAGUCCUUCGAAGCAAAGAGAAGAUCGAGACACAGUGCUACAAGUUCAAAACAAAAUAUGGCUCCUAUGUUUCACUCCAAAGUCAGUGGUUUAGUUUCACAAAUCCAUGGACCAAAGAAGUCGAGUUUAUCGUGUCUUUAAACCGGGUUAUCUCCAGGGGGCCUGGUCACACAAAAGAUGAGGAGGCAGGCAGCUCAAAAGCACUUCAGGACGACACAAAGCAAAUACCCAUAAUUCCCGGCCUUUCCAGUGGUGUGGGCACAAUGAUCUACGCGGGCAGCAUAGGGACCCAAAUCGCAAAUGAGCUCAUAGACUCUUACAGCAGGAUGAACUCGUCUCCAUCCAGCGGAGCUUCCAGUCCAUUUGGCCUGGCCCAUGAAAAAUUUCCACUGGUUUCCCCACAAACCAGUACAAGCGUGUCCAGCAGAGAGGAGGCAGCAGGUAGUUCAUCACAGUCCCAGUCUGACUCGAAGACAGCAGCAGGCGUCGGCAGUGCAACUUCAGAAAGUUCAGGUGAGCCGUCCCAGCUGGACUUGGACAACAUGGUGGUGCCAGGCUUGAGCAGCUUCAGCAGCGACGAAGCAGCCAUGGCGGUAAUCAUGAGCAUGCUGGAGACGGACGUAAACAUGGGUCAGUCGGGGGUGUUUGAGGACUUACACUGGCCUUUCUAGAGGGCACAUAGACUUUAAGCUCUCACAUGCUCUUGUGCCGUUUGCUUGCCGAGAAAUUGGACGUUAAGUUGUUCAUUCUGUGGGCCCGACCGAGCUGGCCCUGCACAACUGAACCCACUGGGCUUGUACCAAAGGCCGCAACAUGUCAUACUUGAGGAAGCCUAAUAGAUUAUAGGAAUUAUUGUUACUGUGAUUACCUUGUUGGUCCGUCUGGCUCUUGCCUGAAGGAAUGUGAGGAUAAAUUGUCCCCGGAGCCUGUGGUGAUUCAGUGUCUUCCUCAGUGACACCUCAGCAUCCUCAGAGGGGCUUAAACCAAGACUUUCUGCAGCAGAAUGAUUUAUCUGAUCGUUCAGAUCGCUCCCAAUGCGAAGCAAAGGUUAGGAGGUGAAUGAAACUCCUGCCAUGUGCAGUGCUGCUAGAGAAACCCCUCAAACCGUUGACAUUUGCGAGACCUUCGGUACCCAGUGAUGACCUACAUGUUUUUCAUAACAUGUUCUGAUUGUUCCAUUUUUUUACUCUUGUUUUUUUAAAGAUCCCCUCCAGACACAUUUUAAGUCAUGUAAAAAAUAUUCUGCUGACUAAUGUUCGCCCAAAAUUGUGUCCGGUAAGUACUGAGGAAAGCUAAAAAGAACAUCUUCUCCCCUUUAUUGAGAAUUGCAGACUCAUUAAAUAUGCAAAUAUGGAAAUGCUUCAGGCCUUGCACCACACCCGUUUGGAAGAUUAUAGCUCCCACAGCCACACAAAGCACAUCAUUUAAGUUCAUUUGAGUUCAUAUACAACUUUUACUGAACUGACCAAGCAAUUCUCAUACACUUUAACAGAGGUAGAAUCAUUAUAUGAUCAGAACACACAAUACACUCACAGUACGUGCUGGGUCUGUGCUCAUUAUUAAAGCUUUAGUCGCUAACUUUUUGUCAUAUUUGCAAACACUGUCAAUAUAUCCACACAAAAGUACACGAGACAGAUAAGCUGUGAAAAAAAACCUUUUUGUCCCCUCAAAUUGCUUCUAAUGGCAUCAUUGCACCUGAAUGAAAA